AUGUCAGAUACACUAGGAGACGAAUUUUAUCCUGCGUUUGCACCGUUUUUGGGGUUUGGUGGAUGUGCCGCAGCAAUGAUAUUAUCCUGUGCUGGUGCAGCUAUAGGGACAGCAAAGUCGGGAAUAGGUAUUUCAGGUAUAGGUACAUUUAAACCAGAAUUGAUUAUGAAAUCGUUAAUACCAGUGGUCAUGUCAGGGAUCUUGUCAGUUUAUGGGUUGGUUGUAGCAGUAUUAAUUGCCGGUGGCUUGUCACCUACAGAAAAUUAUUCAUUAUUUAAUGGGUUUAUGCAUUUGGCUUGCGGGCUAGCUGUAGGUUUUGCUUGCUUGGCUUCCGGCUAUGCUAUAGGUAUAGUUGGCGAUGAAGGUGUCCGGCAGUUUAUGCACCAGCCUCGAUUGUUUGUGGGGAUCGUAUUGAUAUUGAUUUUUGCUGAAGUUUUGGGAUUAUAUGGAAUGAUUAUAGCAUUGAUUUUAAAUACAAAGGGAAGCAAUUAA